UUCACACCAGUGCUGAAGAGGCGUCACCAGUCCGGUUACUUUACACAAGUGCUUUAAAAUAUGACUUGGAAAGCAUGACACCGAUAAGACGCCUGAUUCACUUCCAGGUCUACCACCAACCAGCGGAGACUGGACUGCGGGUUUCUACAUUUUCUGUUCUUGAAAACUGAAAUUUAAGCCUGUGGUUCACAAAUGGCAAGCGGGGAGAUCCUGUGUCUGUUGCUGAUCGUAGGUUCAAUUGGCUGCCAGGCCCAUCCCACUAGAAAUGGAUUCUGGGAUUAUUUCAGCCAGGUGACCACUGAGAAGAAUGAACAGAGCCUACCAAAGAAUCUUGCAACAGAAGUCAGUGGUUUCAGAAACAGCUUUCAAAAUGGAGUAAAUUAUGUCGGCAACAUGUUUAGUCCGUGGAAGAGUGGGCUCCAUAAACGCUUGUAUGAAGACUCAGAGGGCUUGCGCAAGCUGAUACGUAGAGAACUGCACGAGAUCCAAAGGAGGAUUUACCCUUAUAUCGAUGACGCCCACCAAAGGAUAAGCCAGAACCUAGAGCAAGUCCAGAACCGCUUGGUGCCUUACACGGAUGAGCUGAAAUACCACAUGCAGUGGGGAGCACAAGAGCUCAAGGCGCAGUUCAGUCUGAAAAAGGUUCAUAUGAGCAACGGGAUACCACACAAGCUAGCGGAAAACUUACAAGACCAAAUCGUAUUGCAGACGGAGAAGGUUAAAAAACUGAUGCUACCACUGGGUGAUAAACUAUUGGCAGAGAUCCAUCAUGCCGUUGAAGAACUCCAUGGAAACCUAUCUCCUCAUGCUCUGACCUCGCAGGAAAAGUUGAACGCUCAGGUCCAAGAACUUUCUCGUAAACUGACUCAGAACGCAAACAAUCUGCAUAAGAAAAUCCAUAAAAACUUGGAUGCACUGAAAGAACAGCUCGUGACGUAUCCCCAAACUUUUAGAGACAGGUUUCCAGGCAGUCAGUCUGAUGAACCGGUAGCGCCCUACGUGGAAGAGAUGACCGCUCAGGUGUACAAAGAAGUAGAGGAGUUUCAGAGGAAUACUCAGAUGCAGAUUGAACACUUUACCCAUACUAUUAACAUGGAAAUGGAGGAGAUGAAGUACAAAUUGUCUCCAGCAGCAACAGACCUGCAUGACACAGUGACUUCAAUAGAGAACAUACAGGAGAAACUGGAGUCCUUGUGGACAGAGAUAUCUCAGAACUUAAAAUAGUCUGACAUGAACUCCGGGUCUAUUGACAAAAAUCGGGAAAUGAUACAAUGUGAAUCCAUUGGAAGAAAAUGAAAGCACUUACCUUAAAUUUCCACUUGGACUUUAAUAUACUGUAUAUACUGUUCUGUUUUCCAUAUGUGAUAUGUGGGACAUCUCCAGCUCUCAGGACCAAAAAAGAAGUUUGUGUAAAAUGCUAGGAAAUGUUCCUGCACUGCAUUUUCCUUAUAUCAUAUUAUUAAAGGAGUUUUCUGGGAGAAAAAUAUUGAAGAUCUAUCCUCGGGAUGGGGAUCAGUGGGGGUCAGACUCUUAGCACCCCCACCGAUAAGAUGUUUCAAGAGGCCGCAGUGCUCUGGUCAGCAACACAGCUUCUUCCUAGGUUAGUGACGUCACAUUCAUCGUUUAGGUGGCCUACAGUAGGUGCAGCUUAGUCCUGUUCAAGUGAAUGACCAUGGGCAGCAAUACCAAGCACGGCCACUAUACAAUGUAUGGUGCUGUGCUUGGUAUGCUGUGAGGAGAACACAGCGCUCAUUGGAUGGCCUCUUCAAACAAUUGAUUGGAAGCGGUAUCAGGAGUUGAAACCCAUUGAUCCCAUACUGAUGGUCUAUCCUCCCACCAUGCUCACUGAUUAACCAUUUAAAGAGGCCAUGCAUGUUCCAGUGAGAGUAGGUCAUCAGAACUGUACACCUGGAAAGCCCUUUUCAUGUUGGCCAAACAUGUCAACUUCAGUGGGACUGGCAACCCUAUAAUAGGCCAACCCUAUAAUAUGGCAGAUAUUGGGAGAGAGAAGGAUCAAGUAGUUGGGCUUUAACAUGCCCAACCCUUUUCUUCUAAGGGAAGGUUAUCCACCACCUAAGGUAUCUGGCAGUGGAUUCCUGCCCUUGCCCCAUUCAGAACACAUGCAUUCUCUGCUGGGCCGAAAGUGCAUGUGCAUGGGGAAAUCAGGAGAGAUAGCUGUUGGCUGAAUGAACGUUUGGUCAAGAUUAUUGAAGGUGUAAAGUAUGGACAGCCUCUAUGACCAUGCUGUCUUCAAGCAACCUGCACUAUGGUCAUUGUUGUUUAAAGUAGACAUUUCCUUUAAAUUGUAAUAUCUUUGUUAAUAAAGAUUUCUAUCUGGGUGUGUACUCAUGCUAACCAACCAGGCAUUUUGUUGGGUUAUUUUUGAAUAAAAGUAAAUCCCUCCUGGAAAUAUAGUCAAAAGAAUGAAUAGCCGCUUAGAGAGAGCUUUAACCUACAGUCUCCACUAUCAAGGAUGUAGCUAAAAGAAGCUGGGUCCCACAGGAAAUUUUUGAACUCCCCCUCCAAGCAAUUUUCUUGCAAAUCCCCUCUGACAGCAAGUUGAGACCACCCACACUCGCCAUACAACCCCUCCACCCACUCAGUAGUUAUGUCCCCUGUGCUUGUACACAGUAGUAAAAUGCAGUUAGUGCAUUACCUUACCUUGUGACCAGCUACAAUCUGGUCUCUGAUCUCACCACUUGACUUAACAGCUUCCCUACCGAUGUAUGACUAUAUACAUUGGAGCAGAGCGGGCACCAUAGCCGCUGGAAGCAAUAAAUAAUUUAAGCCCUCAGAUGCUGUGGUCAUUUGUGACCAUGCCAUCUGAAGUGGCUUUCUCUCUCAGGAUAACUUGCGUGGAGAUCGGGGAAGCCGUUCCUUCUCUGUAAUAGCAUUGGUUUUUCUGUAGAAUCCAAGACUAUUACAGCUGCAGGGGCGUAGCUAUAGGGGGUGCAGAGGUAGCAGUCGCUACCGGGCCCAGGAGCCUGAGGGGCCCCAAAGACCCUUGUACCACAUGAGAAGACACCUGUUUUAUAGAACGUGCAUGCUGGUCAAGUUACACCCCUGGCUAGAGGGAAGGUGUUAGGUCAAGAAUUUGGCAUGGUGGGGGGUGCAGUUUAAAUCUUUGCCUCAGGGAGCAGGAAGGCAAUGUGCUUCCCUGCCCCAAGCCAGAAAGCAAUGAGGGAUGGGGGGCCCAAGCUAAACUCUUGCACCAGGGCCCAUGAGCCUUUAGCUACGCCCCUGUACAGCUGUAGUUCUUAUAGAGGCCUGGAAGAGGCAGGGUUCCAUAGUAACAUAGUGAUAAUUCACUGCAUUGUAUAAGAAAAGCAAUCUGAAAAUCAUAUAUUUAAGUCCCCUAAGGCCAUGUUCACAUCUGCGCUGUGAACUCUAGCCGUCUGUUCCAGAAGCUCACUGUAUCCAGCAUUGCUAGAUACCACCGUGCACUUCUGUAUCCCCAUUCACUAUAAAGGGAUCCAGCCUCUUUCCGGAAUAUACAGGUGAAACUAGAAAAAUUUGAAUAUUGUGCAAAGUUCAUUUAUUUCAGUAAUGCAACUUAAAAAGUGAAACUAAUAUAUGAGAC